GUUUUACAGUCUGAUGCAAUCCGGACUGUAAAACAGGUUCCCUCUACAGAAUAUAUGACAAGACAAGUUUGCUAGGAAUAAUGCUGAAACUUUUCUGCCCUCUUAAUUUGGACGUUAUCGGUAUUGAUGAAGCUCAGUUUUUUGAAGACCUUUAUGAUUUCUGUUGUGAAGCUGCCGAUCAUGAUGGCAAAACUGUGAUUGUUACAGGCCUAGAUGGUGACUAUCUGAGAAGGAGCUUUGGUUCUGUGCUUGAUAUAAUUCGUCUGGCUGAUUCCGUGACAAAGUUAACUGCUCGAUGUGAACUCUAUGGGAAACGAGCAUUCUUUACUUUAAGACUGAGGAGACACAAACAGAUUUGAUAGGCGGAGCUGAUGUCUACAUGCCUGUAUGUCGAUAGCACUAUGUCAAGGGAGAAGUACUAGUAGAAACUACAAGAAUUGUCUUGGAAUCUCAGAAACUUCGGUGCAGCUCUUUUGCAUAAUUCAUAAAACCUUGCAACUGCAGCAGGACAUCUAGGUCUUCCUAUGACAUCUGGCUAAACGUAUUACAUUGUCUUAAGUGGUCUACGUGACAUGCUCUUGUAAGAUAAGAAUGUGAAUGUACGUUGCAUUAGCUGAAUACCGACUGCUGGGGUGUGAUUAAGUUUAAAAUUUGUAUAAGAUUGAAAUGGCGAGGGUAAAUUGUUUAUCCAUAGUUUAUAAAUAUUUUGGUGUGAC